AUGGUGAGACAAGACAAGCUCAGACAGCUCUCCCAAGGGAGACAUGCGGAGGUUAACCAUUAUCGCCUAAAGACGUUUCGACGGUGCUUUGCUGCCUGCAGCUCUUCCAACAUGGCGCCCGCUGUCGAUGGCGUGAACGGGACAGGCCCGCCAAUCUACUUGGACUACAAUGGUACAACGCCAAUAGACAAGGAGGUAUGUGCUGCGAUGACCACGAUGAUGAGCACGCACUGGGGAAACCCGUCGUCCUCCCACUUCUACGGCAUUCAGGCCAAGAAGGCGUUGGAAGCUGCAAGGAGGCAGUGUGCAGAGCUCAUCGGGGCCGAGCCAGGGUCCCGGGACAUCGUUUUUAACAGUCAGUUGGUGAUGGCCGUCAUCUUUUGGGAGGCAGUGGCUCUGGCACCAGCUCGGACGGCGGCUGACACGAAGCGUGUGACCGACAGCAUCAAUCACGACGAAGUAAUUGCAAGCAGCGAAGAGGACGACGAAGGAGAUGAGGAUGACGAUGAGGAGGAGGACGAUGACGAUGCCGCAAAAAACUCCUCGGUCCCGUUGGCUUUGACUCAAUCUUCUUCAAAACCGCUCAGUCCUACGUCGCCUCAAUCGAUGCAUGCCCUGCCGGCCAACUUCGAUGCGAUAUCCUUCCUGGCGGAGACCGAGACGGCCGAGGAGGCAGCUUCAACAGCUGAGUCGGAAGCUAUGGUGGCAGAGGCUGCGGCUGCACGCUCCGCAGCGCGACUCCACCGUGCACAGCUGCGCCGAGCGGCUGGUGGAAGCGAGGAGGAUCGCCAGAUUGCGGAGACUUCGCUCCAUGCAGCUCAGACAGCGUGGCAACAGCGAGCACCGCGAGCGCGCCAGUUGACGGUUGGGGCCCGCGAAGCCCGCAAUGCAGCACGCCAGCGUGCUGCGGAGGUCAGCCCGAACUUGGGGGCUUCGUCAUUGCUUCGUACUUUCGGCCCGGAGAACUGCGUUUCGACAUGGCGCGAUGCGAGCUCUGGGACUUGCUUCCUGAAGACGGACUGCGAAGCUGUGCAGACAUUCAACUUGUUUGACAUGGGCUUUGUCUGCGAGAAUGACGACAAGGAGCCAGUCGAGCACCGCUUUGGCACCAACUCUUAUGCUAGAGUCGAGGUGCAGGACACCGCGGUGGCAUGCCAGCGCUGCAUGCCAACACAGGACAAGCCCCAGACGGCGGAGAGCCUGUCGCAGGAGAUGAGUGCCAUGAAGCAGUCCCUGGCCAAGGUUUCUGAAACCUUUGUGAGCCUCAAAGACAAGGCUUCCGAGCUCCUUCGCUGA